AUGCCUCCUAGACGAAACGUACCUGCUAGGGAUAACAAUGAUCUCUCGGCAAUGGACCGCAUGGCCAUGGCAAUGGAACAGAUGGCUGAGUUCAUGAUGGCUCAGCAAGUUCACAAUCAAGCCCAAGUGCAACCACGGGUGGAUAUUACUAAAGCUAUAGCAUAUAGACGACCACCGUAUUAUGCGGGGGAAGAAGACCCAGUGAUCCUAGAAGAAUGGAUCAGAACAUUUGAUAAACUGCUAAACGCUGUGAAUUGUCCUGAAGAGCAGCGAGUGUCUUCUGCAGUGUACUACCUGACCAAAGCUGCGGAUAACUGGUGGACGACGGUUGGACCUAAUCUUCUACGAGACCCAGGAUUUGGCUGGGAAGAGUUUAAGGGGGAAUUAAGAGGUCAAUUCUACACUGAACGAAUUAAGGGCAUCAAAUGUGAAGAAUUCCUGCAACUGAAACAACAAGGAACAACAAUACAAGUUUAUCAUGAUAAGUAUGUUGAGUUGAUGAGAUUUGCCCAGGACAUCGUACCUGACGAGGCAAGCCAGGCAAGGAGAUUUGUAAGAGGAUUAGACUGGGGAGUGAGAAGCGCGAUCGCACCAUUUAUGUGCUCUACUCUCAAGGAAGCAUAUAACAGGGCGUCCGAUCAUUACCAGGUGUAUCUUGAUCAACAAGCAGUCUAUGGUCGGAGCAAAAGGAAGGCCGAGGACAAGCAAGGACAAUCUGAGUGGAGUAACAAGAAACCUAGCCAAGGUGAAUCCAACCCGAGGCAAGGAUAUCUGAGAGGGGAAACGAGUCAAGGGAGAAAUCAGACAUGCCGUCAAUGUGGAAGGAGUCAUCCCGGGGUAACUUGCCUCGGGGAGAAGAUUAUAUGUUACCAGUGUGGUAGGGAAGGGCAUACGAGGAGGUACUGCUCCGUUCGACCGAGCCGCUACCUAAACCAAUCCCCGAAUAAGAACCAGGAAGGAGAAGUUUUCAGGAACCCGAGACAAGAACCGUUUGGAGCCAGUAACAGCAGAAUGAAUGUCCCUCCACAAGCCAGGCAGGGGAGGCUAACAAAUGUUGUUCCCAAUCCCAACAAUAGAGAAAGACUGCCGUUCGGAGCCAGCAGCACAGGGAACCAGGGCAGGAUCUACGUCGUUAAUAGUGCCCAGACGCAAGCUAGCGACGUCGGGACUGGUACUUUCCCUAUAAACUCCGUACCUGGUUUGGUUUUAUUUAAUACUGGAGCUACAAAUUCGUUUAUAUCAUCCUUAUCUGCCGAUAAGUGGAAAUCGGAAUCUUAG